UCAACAUGUGGCUUCCCUAUGUGCCCGUAUAUACAUACCAUCCACCCACAUAUUAUCCCUUACCCACCUACAUUUGACAAACUCUUUCUUCUAAAAUCCAAAUGGCACAAGUGAUCAACAAACGGAUCAUAUUAAAAAACUACGUUAAUGGCUUCCCCAAAGAAUCCGACAUGCUCCUCAAUGCUUCCGCCACCAUCCGCCUCAACCUACCAGAAGCUUCUAACGCCGUUCUCGUCAAGAACCUUUAUCUGUCCUGUGAUCCGUACAUGCAAUUCAGAAUGAGAGAAUCUAAAGCUGGCUCAUUCACUCCUGGUUCGCCUAUACAAGGAUUUGGAGUAGCUAAGGUCCUUGAUUCUCGACAUUCAAACUUCAAGAAAGGUGACUUUGUUUGGGGACUGACCGGAUGGGAAGAAUACAGCGUUAUCAAUACUGUUGGGUUUCUAUUCAAGAUUGAACACACUGAUGUGCCUCUAUCUUAUUAUACAGGAAUCCUCGGUAUGCAAGGUAUAACCGCUUACGCUGGUUUCAAUGUGAUUUGUGCUCCAAAGAAAGGAGAGUAUGUUUUUGUUUCAGCAGCUGCGGGUGCAGUUGGUCAACUCGUUGGUCAGUUUGCAAAGCUGUCCGGAUGUUAUGUCGUUGGGAGUGCGGGUAGCAAAGAAAAGGUUGAUAUGUUGAAGAACAAAUGUGGAUUUGAUGAGGCUUUUAACUACAAGGAAGAGCAAGACUUAGAUGCAGCUCUAAAGAGGUACUUUCCUAACGGAAUUGAUAUUUUCUUUGAUAAUGUCGGGGGAAAGAUGUUGGAGGCGGUACUCCUAAACAUGAGAUUCAGUGGUCGGAUUACAGCGUGCGGGAUGAUUUCGCAAUACAAUCUAGAGCAAGAGGAGGGGGUACGCAACCUAUAUCAGAUAAUAGUAAAAGGCGUGCAAAUCCAAGGGUUAAUUGCAAAUAAUUAUCUUCACAUGUUUCCAAAGUAUAUGGAAAUGAUCAUACCUUUGAUCAAACAAGGAAAGAUUUGUUACAUGGAAGACAUUGCAGAAGGGCUCGAGAGUGCACCCGCGGCUCUCGUCGGGCUGUUUUCUGGCAGAAAUGUCGGGAAACAAGUGGUGGCUGUGGCUCGUGAAUGAAUUGAUAUCUUUAGGCUUUAACUACUAAUGAUUGGUGGUAUGUUAAUAAUGACCAAUGUAUGUGUGUGCGUUUUGUGUAUUUGGCUUGAUUUCCUUUGGUAAUAAAAAAUGUUGGCUAGCUUAAUCCUAGUUGUAAUAAGUGUAGUGAUUUAGUCUGAAUUUAUUUAAGUGUGAGAAUGUAUGUGCCAUGAAAACUAUAUCAAACUAAUAUAAUUCUUAUAUGUACUUUUUGUUAA